AAAGCUUCUACACGAGAUGGCGAACCGAGCAGAGACCUUGGAUGAGAACAUCUUUACCAUAGCCGAUCUCAAAAGAGAAGGCAGCGCAAAGAUGAUUAAAGCACAUAGAGGCGAGCUCAAUUCAGAAUACUACAACGAAGGGGCGAUGGACAUGGAAUCGCUUCUGGACAAUGAGCAGGCUUAUAGACGCUACAAGAUCCGGCCUCGUAUCCUGGUUGACGUGGACACGCUUGACACGUCAACAGAAAUAUUCGGAGUCAAGGUNCCCGUUCCCCUUGGCUUCAGCCCGUCGGCCAUGCACAAACUUGCCCACCCCGAAGGAGAAGUCGCCACUUCAAAGGCCGCCGCAAGUCAGGGAAUCUGUAUGGGCCUAUCGUCGUACUCGACUACUUCUCUUGAGGACGUCGCUACCCAUGGAGCGGGAAAUCCAUACUUUGUCCAAAUCUGUGUCUUGAAAGAUCGUAGAACGACUUUACAAUUGCUCCAGCGAGCAGAGAAAGCAGGAUACAAGGCUGUAUUCGUGUCGGUUGACGUUCCCGUCCUGGGACGUCGCCUGAACGAAAUGCGAAACAAUUUUACUCUGCCCGAAGAGAUGGAGUUCCCCAACAUUCUGUCAACCGGCAAAGCUGAAUUUUCGGGUGAAAACGAGGCAACUGCUUACGGUGAGUGUCUGUGUUGGACGUUGACGGGGGUCAUGCUGAUUAUUGUAGAUGCCAGUCUGAAAUGGGAUACUGCCAUUCCCUGGCUCAAAGCCAAUACCAAGAUGCAAAUCUGGCUUAAAGGCGAUGUAGCUCUGGCAAUCCAACAUGGACUCGACGGGAUUGUUAUCUCCAACCACGGCGGUCGACAGCUUGACGGAAUCCCAGCAACACUUGACACGCUACGUGAGUGCGCACCGAUAGCAAGAGGCAGGAUUAGUAUCGCUGUAGACGGCGGCAUCCGGCAAGGAUCCGAUAUCUUCAAAGCAUUGGCGUUGGGUGCUCAACAUUGCUUUGUCGGCAGGAUCCCCAUUUGGGGUCUGGCAGAGGGUGUCGAGCUCGGCAUCAAGAUCCUCAUGCAAGAAUUUGCAAUCACGAUGCGGCUGGCGGGG